AUGCCAGAGCACUAUAUCAACCCAGCGAGACCGAAGAUCCGGUUGUCCCUCCUCGAAUGCAUCGCCAUAGGAAUCGGGGCAGGCGCUCUGGGUGUUACAGCGAUGACGUUGAGCGCCAAGGCCGAACAAUCCCUCACCCACCGACCCAACUCGUACGUGCCUGGCAAAACUCUCGCUCGGCUGUUCAAUCUCGACUUCCAUGCGCACCCGGACAGAGUGAACCGCGCGAUGCAUUGGGGCCAGGGAAUGCUCGCGGCCGGCAACCGCGGUGCGAUGGCUUACUACGGCGUCGUCGGCCCCUUUGCGAGUUAUCUCUUCAUGGGCGUCAGGCUGCUUAUUGAUCAGACGUUGGAGAAUUGGACGGGAGUCGGAGCUUUGCCAUGGACAUGGCCCGUCAACGAGCAGAUCAUUGAUUUGCUUCACAAGGCUGUCUUCGCGGCGGUUACGGGAUACGUCGCAGACCGGAUCAUUUUGGGGGAAGCGUUGAAUGCUUGA